GAAAUGGUCUCCAGUUUGGCGUUGCAGAUGUCACUUUAUUUUAACACUUACUUUUUCCCACUUUGGUGGGUGAGCUGCCUUAUGAUGCUUCACGUGAAGUACUCAAUCCUGCCUGAUUACUACAAAUUCAUUGUGAUCACUGUUAUCAUCCUAAUAACCUUGAUUGAAGCCAUCCGGUUGUACCUGGGCUAUAUGGGUAACUUACAGGAGAAGGUUCCUGAAUUGGCUGGCUUUUGGCUUUUGAGCCUUCUGCUGCAAUUGCCUUUAAUUCUUUUCUUGCUCUUUAAUGAAGGCCUAACGAAUCUGCCCUUGGAAAAAGCGAUACAUAUCAUCUUCACUAUCUUCCUUAUUUUCCAAGUUAUUUCAGCAUUUCUUACCUUAAGGAAAAUGGUCAAUCAGUUGGCAGUUCGUUUCCACCUCCAGGAGUUUGACCAACUCUCUGCAAACAGGGGAGACAUAAGAAGGAUGAGGUCAUGUGUAGAAGAGAUUUGAUUCAGUGCUGUUGAGUAAAAAUCUGAAAGAGAUUCUACAAGACUGCAAGAAUUGGGAAAAUAUCAGAGAUCCAGCAUGACAAAAGGGACAAAGCAAGUGUUUUGAGAUGUAUACUAUCUAGCUCUAAAAUUGCCAGGUUGGGGGCAAUGAUGACUUCAUACAGUACAUGAAAGCAGUAUAUGAACCUUAAAACCUAGAUGUUGUUCACCUGAAGCUAAAUUCCUUAUUUUUUGAUGUUGUUGACUUUUUCAGGUAUGCAGAAAUCUGUCUACUGGUAGUUGUAGUUCACCAGUUCUACUGUAAUAUUUUGAGUUAUAACCUGUAACUUGAAAUGUGUACAUUUCUUUUAAACUUGUCAGUUGUCCAGAUCUUGGCUGUACAUCUGACCAAGUUUCUAGAAGCACAUGGAAAUGUUUGGUAGUCCAUAUGCUUGUGUAUUAGACUAUAUUUACAAACCAAGAGACC